AUGAUUCAUCUUUUAAAUGGUUCAUCAAAACAUUAUCUAGCAUUUAUGAAGUGGUAUAAACCUGCGGUAACUGCAAAUAUUAGAUUUCUCUUUGCUAAUAAAGAUUCUGAUGAUUUUACAAAUGAUCCAGAAUUUUGGAAAAAAGAAUUUUUUAAUACUUCUGUUGAUAGCAUUAUUCCA